AUGAAAAAGGCGGAGGCUGUUAGACGGGCCUACCGGCAGCUAGAAGCAGAACUUGAACGUCAAAAACAUAUUCAAAAUCAACAGAAGGUUGUAGAAGAAAUUAAGACACUGCAGCAAGCAUUCGAAGAUAAGCGGCAAAGUGAAGUCCAACGCAAGCAGGAAGAAGAAAAAAAACAACAGCGUCGACGACAACAGGAAGAAGAAGCUUUGGAAGAGCAGCGGCAACGUAGUAGAGAACUAGAAGAGAUUGCUCGACUAGUUAUGCAACGACAACAAACUCAUUUGGGUAUUGCUGGAGUUUUUCUAUUUAUCGGUGCCUUUGUAUUUUUUAGUUUCGGUCGAGAUACUAGUAGUUUUACAUGGCAUUAUAUUCAUAUGUCUGCUGCCGUAUUAAUUUCUAUUUCCAUUUAUCUGUUCAUUGCUACGGGAGCAGUACCUGGUGUUCAUGCUGUUCAUAGAAUAUUUGCUAAUAUCUUUACACAUCUUGGUGCUGGUUUAAAAGAAUAUGGUGUAGCAGUAGUGAGAACUACAGUUAAUAUGCGUGCAGAAGUUCAAAGUGGUGCUUUUACGGAUAAUGGGAAAAUGCUGUCGAGAGCUAUCAGUGGGAAUAGAGUUUUGGUGGAGGCAGGUGCUGUCCCAGUUAGACUAAAGGCUCACACACGUGCUCAAGUUGGACCUAAAUGUAUUGUUUCAUGA